AAUUAUAAAUUGAAUAACAAGUGGUUGUAGUAGAACUUGUACUUGUUGUGAAGAAAAAUCAAUACAUAUAGUAAAGUUACAAGAAGAAGAAGAAAAUGGCAAGCUUAUUAGGAGUGAGUAGUGCUACCUUAAUAGUAGCAAGUCGUGGUGGUGGUGGCGGUGGUAGUUGCAGUUCUCGUAUAGCCAUGUCUAUGACUACAGAAAAAUUAGGUAUCAAAAUCGAAAAGAAUCCUCCCGAGUCGAAACUUACACAAAUGGGAGUAAGAAAUUGGCCCAAAUGGGGUUGUCCUCCAAGCAAAUUUCCAUGGACAUAUGAAGCAAAAGAAACAUGUUAUUUGCUACAAGGGAAAGUUAAGGUGACUCCUGAGGGAGCUAAGGAGUGUGUAGAGAUUGAGGCUGGAGAUUUGGUGGAAUUUCCCAAAGGGAUGAGUUGCACUUGGGAUGUCUCUCUCACUGUUGACAAACACUACAAAUUUGCCUAACAAGUUACAAGUUACAAGUUACAACACCUCUAGUUAGUACCUAUGCCUACCUGCCUACCUAUCUACCAAUCUACUUACCCCUCUUUUCCUAUUAUUAUUAUUAUUAUUAUUAUUAUCUCUCAUGUGUGUUAUUAGGGAUUUGUUUAAUUAUUUAUAUUAUAUUGUAUAGUAUUAUAUUAAA